AUGUGGUCAACCCUGUCUUGCUUUGAGGAACUUGGUAACCCCUUUACUGAAGAGAGCGAGAACCUAAUGGCGAUUCACACUAAAGAUAUUAUGGACGAUAGCGUUGUCGCAACAGCAAAGAAUGCACACAAGAUUGGUGAGGAACAAUUCUGUUUAUUUGUCAAAGAAAGAUUCCUUGACCGUAGUAAGCCAGUUACAGAUCCACUUAAGAAGAACAAUCUCCCUACAUUUAGUACUCCAACUAAGAAUGCUGUAUCGAAAGACCAGGCAAAAGUCAAACUGUUGAAAGAGGACUGUUCCCUAUUUGGACGCCUGUACAUUGCUUGUCAAACCUUUGACGGAAACCUGGAUGAGUUUUUUUCCCAUGAAAAUCAACCUUGGCCACCAUCCCUUUCAGACCAAGGACAUCUGCGUGGAGGACAAAAAGCCAACUUGCUGAAGUGCCUGCCACAAGCAACCUCGCCAGUAUUGACACCUCUAGUAGAUGCCGUAAUUCUCGAUGGAGCGGUUAUUGUUCAAAUGCUGGAGCUAAAAACAUCACACACCUUCGGCCAAUACUUCAGUAUAGUAUUUGCUCCAUAUGUCCUCAAGCAACUGGAGAAUGCCAAUGGUGUUGACCUUGUGUGGGAUGUCUAUCUAGGUGAUUCAUUAA